GGGCAGCCCCCCCCUCCCCCUUCCGGCUCCCUUCUUCCCAUCAGGCUAGCCAGGUCUCGCGAGAGCAAGUGCGCUAUUUAAGAAGCCGCACAGCCCUGCUGCAGCCCUUGCCUUGGCCGCCUAGAGAGCGUGAGGAGGACAGAGGAACAAAUUGAAAGAUCAGAAUGACCGAUGCUGAUGAAGCCAAGACUUCAGCUUUUGACCACUUUGAAGAUUCCCAAGAUCUAAUAUAUACUCCUCAAGAACAGUUUAAUGUGCAUGAACAUGUAACUGCAAGGAAUUCAUGUUUAGGCUCUGCACAGAAAGAUUCUGUAUGUGAAAAAUCUUCACAGGAAUCCUACACCAGUGGUAGAUCUUCCAAAUAUUUCACCUACUUGACCACUGUUCCGACCAAUGCUCUGCUGGAUGACGACAAUUCGGAGAUUGACCUUUCUGAUUCUACUAGCAGCUUGAUCCAACAUGAGUGUAACAGUACACCGGCAGCUCGAAGUUCAACAAGACAAUUGGUAAACUCUCCAGCAAAUACAUUAGACAGAGACACUUUGACUGAAUCCUCUCUAGACUCUGGGUCUCCAUUAAAGUUGGCCAAAUCCCCAGGGCUGUCUAGAUCUGCACUCAAUUUAAAAGCCAGUUUUGACUAUCACUUGAGGAGGAAGUAUAGGAGACAAGCACAUCAAAGAUGUAAGGAGAAACCAAAAGAGAGAGAGAAGAGGUACAAGAGCACAGGAAAACCUAGAGGGAGACCACGACUAACUCUUCCACCAGAAGAGCAGAAAAAAAGACUUCUAGACAGAGGCUUUCAGUUUCCUUUUGUGGAAAAAGAAUAUGGAAGGAAACAUAUCCCCAUGAAAAUGAUUUCUGAAUAUGAGCAAGCAGCUUUAAAGGGAUAUUUCCAAUACAUUAAGAUGGUCAAAUGUGAAGAACAUCUCAAAAAGGCUUUAAAAAACCUGAAUGCUAGUGAGGAUUUAGAAAAUGAAUGUAUGGCAAUGCGGAAACACAAAUACAUAGAUGACGAAGGACCCAUUUCUCCUAUUCAGGAGACAAAUGGAGAUGACCACAACUUGGAUCCUGAUCAAGAAGGAUUUGGUGCCACAAUAGUUGAGAACAGCUGUUUCAUAUUAAGCAGCAAACUUCCAAGCAAGAAAAAAUCAAAGACAAAAGCAAAGCAUGCAAAACUAAUCAGAGAAGAUGAAGAGGAGGAAGAACAUGCUGCUGAUGGGCCUGGGCCUGUACAGGAGAUACUACACAGAUCAGAAAACUAGUACAUCAUGGAAUCCCGUAAAUGCUGGUUGCUGUAACCCUGACUCUGAGCAUACAUAUCUUCAUAUGCUGCUCCACUUGUCAACAAAACAUCCACUUCAAACAAUGUUCAGCAUUCAACUUAAACUUUCAGUUAUUGCAAGUGAUUGAUGUAGCAUCAUCUAGGUUGUAAAUGUAUAACUUCAGUCUCCUUUGGACAUGAACAUGGCAAACAUCCCCUCACUGUGGUUUGAAAAACUUCAUGCUGGAUUUGGGAAUGGAGUCCUUGCUGGUUCAAUUGUCCUUUUUUGGGGAGAGAGAGAGAGAGAGAAAAAAAGGAACCAUUUUGGUUUAUUGCUACUUCAAGAGUUUCUGGAACUUCCAAAAUACAUUGAAAUCAGGAUGGAAAUACGUAGCUAGUUGGUGAAAAGGAGCAUUUCCUAUGGCAUUCUGACUGUAGAGACACAACGUGAAUGCAGUCACGGUCAGGAAGAUCAUCUUCAUACCGAGAAGGGAGUCCAAAUAACUGUGGAACACUCGGUCUCGAUCACAUUUUCUUGGUGGAGUACAUGUUUAGAAAGCAAGGCAAGUGAAGUGAUUACAAAGAAGCUUUGUCAACCAGAAAUUAGGAGAUGCCUGUUCACAAGGCACUAGCUCAGUUAACACUCGACAUGGAUUGAAAAUCUUGUCACAAAAGGAAAUGGGCAAAUUGCUGGAGGGACUUCACUACACUACUAGACAGACCAGGUUUCAUUAUGAUGAAAGAAUUGUUUGGAAGACAGUAUUGUGACAUCAACUUGUUUGUCUAUGGCUGACAAAUCACUUACCAGAAAUCCCAAAUGAAGACCAGGAAUGAACAUGGAUAUGGAAAAGACUUUCUAGCUGUAUUGCAAAGGGAGCUGUAUCCAGGAUGCAGACUGAGCCGUCCUUUCUUCAAGAAGGGAGAAGAUGAGGGGGUGAGGUCGAGGGGAAACUCCAGAACCAUGUCCUCAAAUAUAAUAGCAAGGAAAGGUCAGCUAUGUAAAGCUGUGAUAUCAGAAUUAACCCUGUUAAAUAGCAGCCACUCGAGCUCAUAAUAUCCCUUUAUUCAUUCUUCAUACGCCACUACCUGUGAGUUGGUCAACUUCUAAAUCCGAGCUAGUCAAUAGGCAGACCAAAUCCAGACUGCCAGAUGCUUUCGAACAGACCCCAGAAUCUUUUUUUAUUUACUUACUAGAGCUGUCGAUUUAAUCACAGUUAACUUGCACGAUUAACUCAAAUUAAUUGAUUAAUUGCAUGGUUCAUAAAUUUCAAUUAGUAGUCUAUUUAAAUAUUUUGGAUGUUUUUCUACAUUUUCAAAUAUAUUGUAUUUUGUGUUAUAAUUGAAAUCCAAGUGUCACCAGAAAGUGAGAACAGGCAGUUGCAUGGCAUUUUUGUAGCUGGCAUU